ACUGUUUACAGAUAACACUUACAACUGUUUUGUCUGAUUUGUUGAACUGUCGAAAAGUAAAAGACAACCUCUUUUCAAAUUAAAAACUGUCAGACUUCUGUAAACAGCAGCAAUGAGGUUCAUCUGUGCAGUGUUCCUGCAGACACAGAGCAUUCUGCAGUUCCCAUUUUCUCAGCAACCGUAAGGAGUCAGUGACCUGUAAGUGCUCAUUAUGAAGAGAGAUCUGGUUUUCUUGGUGACUGUAAUUAGCCUUGCCUUCCUGUCACUGCUAAGGUCUGGAUAUCCUCAACAUAUCGCAGAGGAGUCCUGCUCUGUUCAGAUUCUUGUUCCGGGCCUCAAAGGGGAGGCUGGAGAAAAGGGGGAGAAAGGUGCUCCAGGUCGUCCAGGCAGAGUUGGGCCUCCAGGAGAAAAAGGUGAAAUAGGGGACAAAGGACAGAAAGGCAGCAUGGGACGGCAUGGAAAAAUUGGUCCUAUUGGCUCAAAAGGUGAAAAAGGAGAUAAUGGUGACAUAGGACCACCAGGUCCUAAUGGUGACCCAGGCAUCCCCUGUGAGUGCAGCCAGCUAAGGAAGGCUAUUGGUGAGAUGGACAUCCAAGUGGCCCAGUUGACAACGGAGCUAAAAUUCAUAAAAAAUGCUGUUGCUGGUGUGCGUGAGACGGAUAAUAAGAUAUAUCUGCUGGUGAAGGAAGAGAAAAGAUACAAGGAAGCCCAGCUCUACUGCCAUGGAAGAGGAGGGACGCUGAGCAUGCCCAAGGAUGAGAUGGCCAACAAUCUGAUUGCCUCGUACAUCAACCAAGCUGGGCUCACCAGAGUUUUCAUUGGGAUUAAUGACCUAGAGAAAGAGGGAAAUUUUGUCUAUUCUGACCGGUCGCCCAUGCAGACCUUCAACAAAUGGCGCAGUGGGGAGCCCAACAACGCUUACGAUGAGGAGGACUGUGUGGAGAUGGUGGCAUCUGGCGGUUGGAAUGAUGUUGCAUGCCAUAUUACCAUGUAUUUUGUGUGUGAAUUUGACAAAGAAAACGUCUAAGCUUGUCUAAGAAAAAAAAUUAAGCCAAUUGUACAAGUUCCACCAUGUUUAUAGCAUACAAGUGAUAUUUUGCAAGUAUAUGGCAUUGGGAUGUGUUGUACAGCUGUAAAUACGAUUUAGGUAUUUCAAAUAUCAAUAUAUACCCUUCAGAAGGGAAGAGCAGUGGUAAGACAAGGCUUGUUGUUUUUUUUUUUUGGUAGGAAAAGAUAUGUAUUUAGAUAAAAAUGUGAUUUGACCCUAAAUUCUGCCCUCACAACAGUUAACAAAUGUGAUUGCAUGACUGUAAGGGAGGGCAGAAUUUGGCGUCUAGUUGUUAGAAUGAUUAUUUCUGAAGAAGUAAAUUCCCAAUAUUCUUUUAUCUUAGCAAAAUUUGUAGUUAUAAAUGUUAAUUGCUUGUAGUGCUACAGGGAAUUUUCAGAAGCAAGGCAAAUAUUUUGUAUGCACCAGUUAAUAAGUACAAAUAAUACUGUAUUUUUUUUGGUAUGAAAAUAUAAAAACUUUAUUUCAAAAACAGGCAGAGCAAACUGACAAAUCAAGAGUCUUACCAAUUUUAUAGUGUUCCUUCUUAAACUGUCCACAGAUGUAUGACAAGGAGGUGCUUAAGUAAACUGAGUUUUAGUGCUGAGGAGGGACAAAGUUGUUACAAUUUAGGUACUGAAAAAGGGAUCCCAGCCAGAUGGAUGUUUUGAGGUUGCUGAAGAUAAAAGUAAGAUUUUGGUUUUCUGCAUUCUUUAGUUGUGAAUGAUUCAAUGCAUCAACUUUUUCAUGCCCCAAGUAAUUUCUUAAAGUAAAUGUGUUUCACAUUUGUACAAGAUGAUCUUAUGUUUUGUUACAAAACAAACAAAAUUGCAAACCUCCACUGCUUUUUCUCCAGUCUCAUCCUGGGACGUGUCCUCAAAGGAUGAUGUAAAUUAAUAAACCUUGUUUGAAACUGUACUGAUUUCAAAUUUUAGAAACCUGUCUUUCAAAUUUUAGAAGCCUCAAGUGGAUGUAGCAUAGGAGCAGAAUUUCAAAGCCCGUGCUGGGAAGACCCCACUUGGUUCAUAUUGCACUGGCCUCAAAUAAAAGAGCCAAAGCUCCUACUUGUGUUCCAGAUUUCACAGACACCUAAUUGUUCUUUUUCCAGUUUGAUUAUCUAGUUUGGGAGCAAUACAGGAAUUAGAACAAAGAAAAAGCCAAGGACAGAGCCCAAGAAGGAGCAGAGUCAUCCCGGGUCCCCACCGUCCCCAUGAACAGGCAGUGUCAGGCUCCCAACAGCCAGAUGGGAAUGGUGUGGAAGGAGACUAAUGGGAGCAGUGUCCUGAGAGAUAUAAACCACCUUGAUCAGAGGGGAAAUGUAUUCAUAAACUUCAUAAACAGUCAACGAAUCUCAUGAAAAUGGUUUACCUAGUGGUUCCUCCUGGUUGUAAACCAGCUUAUGUUUACUCAGAUUGUAAAGAUGACUCCCUGAAAAGCAACCAACAUUUCAAAAAAUUUCCUCAUUAUGUAUAUAGCAGUAACAAGUGAUUUUGCACAAAUGUGAUGGAAAAUGUGUAUUUAAAAGAGAUAACAUAAUUUCACAAAGGAAACGAUGAAUUUCUUUAGAUCUUCCUAGGAGCCAGUUACAUGGCAUCUUGCUGUUAGGCAUAGAAAGGUGGCUGCAAGAUCCCCGACUGUGUUUUUUCAGGAAUACCUUGCACAGUGUUUUCAGACUGUUUUUAAGAAGAAAUGAUCUUUUGUGCAACACAGUAAUCAAAAUAUGUAUCUGAUCAUUAUGGGAGAUUGGUUUACUAGGUAUCCACAGUGGAUAUGGCAUGAGGUCUCAGAGAUUUCCCUACAGUAAGGCAAGACCAACUCAUAUCAACUCUACAGUGCUAUGGUAUAUCAGCAAUCAAUGACCAUACAAUUCUGUUAAAGUCUGACAAUAUUUGAUAUGAUGCUAUCAUUGUAUAUCUAAGAAAAGAAACUAUUCUGUUUACUAUAUUUACUCUGUGAAUUUGAAUCCAUUAUAUAUAUAUAUAUAUAUAUGUUUGCUUUUAAUUUUGAAGAUCAGUUGCGAAUUCCUAUAGUAUUUGAGUAUCAGCCUAUCUCCUGAGCAAUCACUCUAAGAAAUUAAUGGUCCUUUGAAUGCUUUAAUAGCUUUCUAAUAAAGGUAGGUAUGAUUCCUAUAUGUUAGGCAUUCUUCCAGCUCUGCAUUGAAAUCGAUUGAAUAAUAUGAAUAUGGUUCUACACUAAUAUUCAAAGACUCUCUAUAGAAUUUGCAGGGAGCUAAUAAUUCCCGUGGAGCAAUUUAUUUGUGUAGAAUAGUGCCUUUUGAAUAUCAUGAUUGUUUCCUGCCUGGUAUAGAAAUCCUCAGAAACCAUUUAACUCUCCACCACACUUUUGUUGAAUCAUUGUAUCUGUAUUAAAAAAGUCCGAACUCGAGUUACAGGUAUCUGGAGCUCCCUCAUUAUGUACGUACUGAAGUUGCUGUUUAUUUUUCAUCCACGUUUUGAAAGUCUCUGUUGUAAUGUUUGAUUGCCUCAGAAAAAGGAAAAGACGCCUUUUGAGGAGGUGAAAAGCUUUUUCAGAUGCCAAAUGAUCGUAUUUUAGUUGGAAGUCAUACCACGUUAUAAAGAUUGCCUUGAUGUGUAGAGUAUUUAAGCAGUCUCAAUUUCUAUUAAAAUUUAAGUUUAAAAAUAAA